AUGGAGACCUACUCAAUGGCCGCCCCACAGCUGACGGGCUCUUCCACUAACGGCUCGCCCUCGGUGUCCAGCGACAGCCCAGGAACGGCGACCUCGUCUACGACCCCGAUGCUCUCGGCGACCACUGAUGCCCGCCUGGGUCAGCAGCCAGCCGCACCUCCCUCGCGCGGCAAGCAUCUCAAGUGCGAUGGGAAUACCCCUUGCUCGCGCUGCACUAGUUCCAAUCAGGAGUGCCUCUAUGUGCCCUCUCGUCGCGGUUACAAGGGCCCGAGAAGGGGCACGGCGCACAAUCCGAACAAGCGUCAUGCAUCGUCUUCGCCCCCGUACCCCGGGGCCGAGGGAGAUAGCUGUCCCAUGCUACUGGGACACGGGGGUGUGUCGCUCGGUGCACCCGCGCUCGCGGCCUUCAACCCGGGCAUUGUGCUCCCGGAGCAGUCUCCAGCCUCUUAUACGACUCCUUCCCCCAUGAGCAACGUCCCCCUCUAUCGGAACCCGUUCGCUCAAGCCAUGGAUCCCAACGCUCUUGCUCUGGCGACCACCACGCCGGCCGCGCCUCCGGUUCAGCCGCCGGCGCCCUCGCUGGCGGAUCGGUGCUUCGAUGCCUUCUACCACUUCUUCCAUGCCGGCCAUCCCUUUGUGCUGCCCAAGGACUACUUCAUCCGCAUGCUCAAAGAGGGCACGGAACCUAACCUCAACGUGGUCAUGGCCGCCAUGAAAUACAUUGGCUCGCUGUACGUCGAUGCCGGCCCCGCUAAGGCUACCUACCUCGACGAUGCUAUCCGCUUGUGCUACCAACCCGGCACCCCUAAGGACGGCUACCUGAUCCAGGCACUGCUGCUCAUCAUCGUCGGCCUGGACGGGCAGUGCAACCAGGCGCGGGCCCGGGAGCUGCUUGCCGACUGCGAGCAGUUUGCCAUGGAGAUCGAUCUCAACAAGCGUAGCUUUGCCACCAUGCAUGGCCGCGGCAACCCUGUGCUCGAAGAGAGCUGGCGGCGGACCUGGUGGGACCUCUACGUCUGCGAUGGCAUGAUCGCCGGCGUCCACCGCGUGACCAAAUUCCUGCUGUUCAACAUCCAAGCGGACGUAGGCUUGCCAUGCGAGGAGCAGCAGUAUCUCACAGGGCCUCAGCGCAUCCCCCAAACCCUCUACAUGGAGGACUUUGACGACCAGGGCUUCUCCGACGAGGACCGCGAGUUCUCGUCCUUCACCUACCGCAUCGCGGCAGCGCGCAACCUCGGCCGCAUGAUGCACACGCCACCCGUCUUGUUCCCCGACGACGCGAUCAUCGACCGCGUGCAGUCGCUGCUGACCAACUGGAGGAUGCACCUGCCGGACAGCAAGCGCGACGACCUCAGCAAGAGCUGCCAGCUCGACGAGAUGAUGUUCCAGGCUCACUUCAUCACGCAUGCCUGCACCCUCAUGCUCCACCAGCCGCUCUCGCAGCUCGACACCACGCCCGUGCAAGCGGUCAACUCGUGCGCGCCGCACCGGCCGGUGCCGUCGGGCGACGUCUUCAACGCGCACACGCGGCACACGCUGUCGGCGGCGUCGGAGAUCUCCAAGAUGAUCACGCAGGCGGUGCCGAUCACGCACCACACGCACUUCUUCACGUGCGUCAUCACGCUCUCGUCCAUCGUGCACCUGUCCAAGUGGGCGCUCUACUUCGUCGACGACGAGGACCACCUGCGCCAGCAGAUCCGGCUCAACAUCGGCGCGCUCAACAAGAUCUCCAAGGUCUGGAAGGCCGCCGACACCGCCUGGGGCCAGGUCAAGGGCGUCGCCCAGGAGAUCUACCGCGAGAAGAAGGCCCAGCAGAUCUCCCCCGCCUUCUGGGUCGGCUUUACCCAGGAGCAGAUGAUGAGCAGCAUCAGCGCCGACGAGGGCAUCAUGAGCGAGUUUACGACCGUGGGGGCUGUUGGGAACGUUGCUGCGGGGCGGGAGCUAGCCCGGUCCCGGUGUCUCAGCUCGGGGGGCGUAGAUCCCGCGUGUGUGGGGGGGUUCGGUGGGUUGUGCACCGCUCCAACAGUUGGUUACCGGGCUUGGUCCGGAGCGAGGGGCUACCAAGUAUGCGAGAUCCUCGCCGUCCUCGGCCCCUCCGGCAGCGGCAAGACCACCCUCCUCAACCACCUCGCAACCCGGCCCACGCCCUCCGCACUCACCACGGCAGGCGACAUCCUCCUCAACGGCCACCCCCAACCCGCCUCCUCCACCACCACCACCCCCCUCCGCUCAGUCACCCGCUUCGUCGAACAGGACGACUCCCUCGUCGGCGCGCUCAGCGUGCGCGAGACACUAACCUUCACCGCGCGCCUCUCCUCUUCUUCUUCUUCCGGCGACUGGAAGGCGCGCGCGGCGCGCGUGGAGGCGCUGCUGGAGGGGUUCGGGCUACGGGCGCAGGCCGACACGCUGGUGGGCACGGCGCUGCGUGGCGGGGUCAGCGGCGGGCAGAAGCGGAGGUUGGGGGUCGCGUGCCAGUUGGUGGGGGAGGGCGCGCCGAGGGUGCUGGUGCUGGAUGAGCCGACGAGCGGGUUGGAUUCGUUGGCUGGGUGGGAGGUGUUGAUUGUCAUUGCGUCGAUUCACCAACCCAGCACGGCGACGUUCAACUUGUUUGAUAAGCUGCUGCUGAUGUCGCACGGCAAGACACAUUACUUUGGACCGGUGAAGGAUGUGGCGGGCCAUUACGAGUCGAUCGGGCAUCCCAUGCCCCUGCAUGUCAACCCGGCUGAGUUUCUGCUCGAGAUGGUCAACACCGACUUCGCGCAGGACACUGAGUCGGCGUUGCAGCGGCUGCAUGAGAUGCAGUUUGCGUGGACGACCUCGCGGGGCGCCAAGCAGCUCACUGCUGCGGUGGCGGCGGUUGAGGAAAAGGGGUCAGGGGCUCUCGAACUCGACAUGGCCGAGAAGAAGCCCAGCCUGCCGAGCGUGGUGUUGACGCUCAUGCACCGGAGCUUUGUCAAGAGCUACCGGGAUGUGGUCGUCUACGGGAUCAGGCUGGCUAUCGGGUCCGCCUUCAUGUCGUUCAUGGCGGUCGCUUACAGCCCUGCCUACCUUGAGGAUUACAUGCAAUUCAUAAAGGAAAAGCGAAACGGGCUCUACGGCUCGACAGCCAUGAUCAUUUCCAACUUCCUCACUGGCAUUCCCUACCUCUUCAUCAUCGCCCUCGUUUUCUCGUCUAUCUCGUACUGGCUCUCAAACCUACAACCCACCCCCCAAGCCUUCUUCACCUGGGUCCUCUGGGUGUUCCUGGACCUGCUCGCAGCCGAGAGUCUGGUGGUGCUCUUAACGUCCCUCUUCCCGUCAUUCGUCAUCUCGCUCGCGCUGAUCGCCUUCGCCAACGGCCUCUGGAUGAGCGUCAACGGGUUCAUGGUGCCGCCGACGGUGCUCAACGUGUUUUACAAAUACGUCUUCCACUUCUGGGACUACCAGAAGUACGUGUUUGAGAACAUGAUGGUGAACGAGUUUAGUGAGAGGGUAUACAGCUGUGCGACCACGGCGACUGGAUGUCAAUGCAUGUGGCAGACGGACCUCGCGGACCAGUGCCUCAUCCGCGGGCAAGGCGUCCUUGACCAAUACGGCUACAAGCCGGGAUACAUGGGCAAGGAUAUUGGCAUUAUGAUGGGGAUCAUUGCUGGGUACCGUAUUGCAGCAUGGAUCGUGUUGAUGUUGAAGAAUUACACCGCCGCAAUCCACAUCCUCUCGGGCCUCCUCAGUGACGGCAACACCACCACCGCCCUCCAACACCCCCAUCACCUCCCGAACCAAAACCUCAAGCCCAAACCCGCCCUCAUCCCCCCACCCUCCCAAAUCGCCCUCCUCACAACCCUCAUCAUCCACCCCUCCUUCACCACCCGACCGCCGGAAAUAAGCAACACCCACGCAGCCUCGCACGCCCUCUCCUACCUGCGAGGCCUCCUCAGCACCGUAGGCGCCGUCAACGCCAACUUCCGCGCCGCCUUCCAAUUCGGCGACGCCCCCACCACCACGACGACCAGCACCACCACCAACAAAAACACCAGAUAUGGCGGGCCCCGCACCGGCACCACCUCCACCUCCUCUAACAACAGCAACCACAACCACAACAACAACAACAGCACCAGCGACUCGGACGACGACGACGACAGCGACGACGCACUAACGGGCCCGUUCGCACGGUCACAACUCCUCUUCCGGCGCGCGCCCGACUUCUGGGCCGUGCUGGGCUGGGCGUUCCGGUGCGCGGCCGAGCAGCCGCGCCGGUGGCGCCACUGGCGCGUCUGGCUGGGCUUGGCCGUGUCGGUGCUCGAGGCCGAUUUCGACGAGCGCCUCGCCCGCGACCGUGACCGCGACCGUGACCGCGAGGGUGUGGUGGGGCGGGGGAAGGGGAAGAGUGUUAGCGCGUACCCGGCGCUGGGGCAGAGUUUGCUGGUGGGGUAUUUGAGGGGGUUGGGGCGGGAGAGGAGGAAUGUGUUGAAGGAGGUGCUGAGGGGGUUGUUUGCGUUUGCGGACGGGGAGAAUGGGGUGGCGGAUCGGGCGGUGUUUCGGGAGGUGUUUGAGAGGGAGACGGUGGUGAAGGGUGCGGGGAGUGGGAAGAGGAAGAGGGAGGAUACCAUGGUGGAUUUGGAGAAUGAUCGGUUUGGGGACUAUCUGGAUGGGGAUGAGUUUGAAUCCGGUGGGGAGGAGGAGGACGGGGCUGGGAGGGUGCCGACACCCAAGGGCAGGAGGAAGCCCGGGAGGAAACCGAAGGCGGAAGCCACACCGUCGUUCAUCCUGACCGACGACAUCGCCGAGACGGUCUCCUUCCGGCUGCGCAUCUUCCGCCUGCUUUCGGCGGUGUCCUACUACCUCCCGGACACCUUUGCGCGCGUCGACGAGCUCUACGAGAGAUUCACCGACCACGUGCGGAGCCUCCCGCUGGCCAUGUUCCGGCUCUUCGUCGAGCCCCACCCGGCCGACCUGCCCGAGGACGUGCGGGUCUCGUUCCUGCGCAUGCUCAUCGAGGAGAUGCUGCCGCGCCACCACCCGGAGCCGGCCGACGUCGACCCGGACAACGCGUCGGCCACGGGCGUGUCCGUGCUCGUCCUGCAGGAGUGCUUCCUGCCCUUCCCCGCCAACAAGGUCACCGCCGAGGACAACGCCAAGCUCUCGCUCGCCCUCGAGAGCAUGCUGUGGUUCGUCUACUCGCAGAUCGACGUCGCGUACUCGCCCGAGCUGCGCCAGGCGGUUGAGAAGGGCAUCAAGGCGCGUGAGGACAAUAUCAAGAAUAAGAGGGGGGGCAGGCCGGAUAAGGCGGCUAAGGAUGUUCUGGCCCGGUCGGCCCGGAACUUGAGGGCGCUGGUGGAUGUUAUUGCUGUUGCUGGGGAGUAG